AUAUCAAGAUAUCCAGAUCUAUUUUACCUACCCGCCUGCCUAUCUGCGUAUUACGAAUUCCUGACUUUGCGACAUUCACUCGUUAAAAAUAAACUGGUGCAACGAAACAACAGCCAGGACUAACGCAAAAAAAAAAAUGAAGGUCCUCACGCUCAACUUUCUGACGUGCGCCGUCAAGACGUGCAAGGCCUCGUCCGACUCGUUCCCGCUGCACCCCAAGGACGCCGAACUCGUUCACGACGACCUCGAGAUCAACCCGCAGCUGUUAGUCAACGUGCUGCCCCGCCUUGACUGGACUGCGCUGCGCACUACGUCCACCGAGCUGGGCUUUCCCGAGCUGCCAGAACAGCCGCCCAGCGCCGAGACGCUGGAGGCCGACGAGGCCAUGCUGAAGGAGCUGCACAACCUACUGGUGGAGACGCAGAUGAUGGAGGGCAAGCUGGUGUGCGGCCACUGCGGGCACGAAUACGCUGUGCGGGAGGGCAUUGCAAAUUUCCUACUGCCCAGCCAUCUUGUGUAACGGCUAGCGGUAGAUUAGGGGAGAGAUGGGGACAGGCUAGGCCUAUCAUCGUGGAGGAAGGCAAGUCUCAUGGUAUCGGCUGGUGUUGGGUUUUGUUUUUAACGGCGUUCUUAAUGAGUGAGACUCUCAUGGAAAAGAUAAAAACGGCACCCAUAGAGUGCUUCCCCGAGCUGAUCUCUCCAUUUCGAGUGGUGCAUCACCGGGAAUACCAAGCA